AUGGACAGCGCGGCCGCCGCCUUCGCCGUGGACAAGCCGGCGCUGGGCCCGGGGCCGCCGCCGCCCUCCGCGCUGGGGCCCGGCGACUGCGCCCAGGCGCGCAAGAACUUCACGGUGAGCCACCUCCUGGACCUGGAGGAGGUGGCGGCGGCCGGGCGGCUGGCGGCGCGUCCCGCGGGGGCCGAGGCGCGGGAGGGCGCGGCGCGGGAACCGUCCGGGGGCAGCAGCGGCAGCGAGGCGGCGCCGCAGGACGGUGAGUGUCCCAGUCCCGGCCGCGGUGGCGCCACCAAGCGGAAGAAGAAGCAGAGGCGGAAUCGCACCACGUUCAACAGUAGCCAACUGCAAGCGCUGGAGCGCGUGUUCGAGCGCACGCACUACCCCGACGCCUUCGUGCGGGAGGAGCUGGCCCGGCGCGUCAACCUCAGCGAGGCACGCGUCCAGGUCUGGUUUCAGAACCGCCGGGCCAAGUUCCGCCGCAAUGAGCGGGCCAUGCUGGCCAACCGCUCCGCCUCGCUGCUCAAGUCCUACAGCCAGGAGGCCGCCAUCGAGCAGCCCGUGGCCCCCCGGCCCACCGCCCUGAGCCCAGAUUAUCUCUCCUGGACAGCCUCGUCCCCCUACAGUACGGUGCCGCCCUACAGCCCUGGAGGCUCAAGCCCUGCGACCCCGGGGGUCAACAUGGCCAACAGCAUCGCCAGCCUCCGUCUCAAGGCCAAGGAGUUCAGCCUGCACCACAGCCAGGUGCCCACCGUGAACUGACAGCCCGCCCCGUCGGGACCCAGCUGCCUCCCUGGCCUACAACAACAGGAAAGAGGGCAGACACGCAGGAAAGUGACCUUCUCCUGUCCCUGUCCCCAGGAGAGGCUGGGGCGGGGGGCGGGGCUCUCCUGGCCCUUCUCU